UCCUCCGCGCACUCGUCGCCGGUGACGCAAGAGGCCACGAUCAGGCGUCAGACUCCGUCAACCCACAGGCCCCAGGACGGUGCAGGCCACAGGGGUCUGGACAUGUGUCCCCGUUCCACCACCUUCCUGGCCCUCGCGCUCUGCCUGGGCUGGGUGCACCUCACUCAGGAAGGGACCCUGCGCAGGCCCUCCAUCUGCGCUGAACCGGCCCCUGUGGUCGCCCUGGGGCAGCGUGUGACCAUCGUGUGCCGGAGCCCUGGCGGGUUUGACGCGUUCCGCCUGGAGAAGGAGGGGAAUGCCUUGAAACCAGAUGUGACGGAGGCACCGCCGGGCGAGACGGAGGCCAGAUUCGACAUCAUCGCGCAUGAAGGGAUUGAGGGGAAGUACCGCUGCGUCUAUCAUAAAGACGGCACCUGGUCGGACCGCAGCGCGGAGCUGGUGCUGGUGGUGACAGAGACCCCUGGAAACGUCAGCUCCCCGCCACUACAGACCUACAGCUCACCUGGGGACACACAGAUGCGUGGGGAUGACAGUAACAGCCCAGACCUGUCGACAGAGCAUGUGUAUAUUUUCGUUGGGGUCUCUGUGGCCUUGUUCCUUUGUCUCCUCCUCCUGGUUCUCGCCUUCCUCCAUUGUCAGCGUCGGAAAAAACACAGGCUCCCCGGCAGCCAAGGUGAGGAGCAGAGGCCCCAGGAAAGGGUCAGCCCAGCUGUUGACCUUCUCCAGAGGACACCAGAUCUGGCAACAGUCGGCAGACUUCCCGAGAAGGACAGGGAAGCACCCAGCUCGGCCCCGCCUGCAGGAAGCCCCCAGGACGUGACGUACGCUCAGUUAGACCACCAGAUCCUCGCACAGAGGACAGCCCAAGGCACGUUCCCACGGUCCACGGAGCCCACGGCUGAGUCCAGCACAUAUGCAUCCCUGGCCAGACCCUGACUCCGGACCCACCUGGCCUCUGCUGCUAGAGACACGGGAAGUCACUCCUGCAGAAGCGUGAGGCGGCCAUUUGGAGGGCUUCCCUACAGAAUCAUCCCUUUCUGGAAAGCCAUGCGGUCAGCUCUCCCGGAGGCCAGAGGUGCACUCAGGAGACUCCUAAUCAGCGUCUAGGAGGUUCAUUAACCACGUGGUCCCUCCGAAAACCAACUAGAUGCUCGCAGAGAAUGUGGAGCACUUCAUUUACAAACACCCAGAGCUACAGACCCCUGGCAGUUUCCCGAGACUCAGCUAUGGUCCCACGGUCACCCACAGGUGAUUCCAGAUGUGUCCUGUGUGUCCCCACCUGCCCCCAGAGGCUCUGAUUUACUCGUCUUCCAGAGUUCAGUAGUUGGCCCUGAACCCAGGCUGUACUUGGGCAGCUGAUCGCUGAGACCCUGUUUUCUGGAUCACGCUUCAUUUUGUUCGCCAAUAAAUGUUUUCACGGGCCCAGCCUGCAGCA